GCAGCAGCCGCCUCUGCCGCAGCAACCCUCGCAGCCGGCGCUUGGUUCCAGCCUCUUCCCCCUCCCCGUCAACAUUUUUUGCUCAAUGUCCUGGCAAGAGAGAACUCAAGCCCUGCGCCGCAGCCCGCCUUCUUCCUCUUUUAAAUAGGUGCUAGGAAAGGGGGGGGAGAAAGAGAAGACACCACCAAACAAGCGCCCCUCCCCUUCUCUCUCUCGCGUGCUCUCGCUCUCUUCUACACCUCCUCAUCGCCACUUUCCAAAGCGGACUUCUCGUUUCUCCUCAGUUGCUGCCGGGACAAUUCGGCGUCGCUUUUCGCUCAAGUCUGUCUGUGUCGCUCGCGCGCGCUCUGCCACUUUUCCCGCUCCUCCCUUCUCUCACCCAGUCUGACUAGAGUGGCUUUUUAAACCUUUCCACACUUUCACUGGUAGGCGUAAGAGGGCAACUUUUCUCCCCUCUCUCCCCCUUUAUUUCCCCCCUUUCCUCACAAACGCAAAACUCCCUUUUUUAUUUCUCUUUUUUCCCCCUCCCACCCACUUCUCCUGAAGGGGUGGGUGGGUGGUAGUGGAGGCGGGGGGGCGGCGGCGGACUGCUGCUGCGUCUAAUGUGACCAUGGCUGUCCCGGCUCCUUUAAUCCCUCCGACCCAGCUGGUCCCCCCUCAGCCGCCCAUCUCUACUUCAGCCGCCUGCACCACCACCACCAGCACCAGCACUUCCUCGGCCGCCUCUCCUCCGGCCAGCGCGCCUUCCACGGCGGCCUCGGCGGUACCAGCCUCUUCGGGGACAAACCUAUUUCGGCCGGAACCCGUCGUAGCAGCGGCAGUGGUAGCGGCGGCGGCGGCCGCCGCCACAGCCACCUCCAGCAACGGAGGCGGGGAGAGCAAUUGCAACGCCAGCUUGGGCACCGGCAGUGCUUCCACCAGCAGCAGUGGAGCCUCCAGCGUAGGAGGUGGAGGUGGCUCGUCUGCCCCCAGCGCCAGCACCUCAGGCGGCGGGGGCAGUGUGCCAGGCAAACCGGUGUACUCGACCCCUUCCCCGGUGGAGAACACGCCUCAGAACAACGAGUGCAAGAUGGUGGACCUGCGGGGCGCCAAGGUGGCCUCCUUCACGGUGGAGGGGUGCGAGCUCAUCUGCCUGCCGCAGGCGUUCGACCUCUUCCUCAAGCACUUGGUGGGCGGCUUGCACACUGUCUACACCAAGCUCAAGCGCUUGGAGAUCACGCCUGUCGUCUGCAACGUGGAGCAGGUCCGGAUCCUCAGGGGCUUGGGCGCCAUCCAGCCGGGCGUCAACCGCUGCAAGCUCAUCUCCAGGAAGGAUUUCGAGACCCUCUACAACGAUUGCACCAACGCAAGUUCCAGACCUGGACGGCCUCCUAAGCGGACUCAAAGUGUCACCUCUCCAGAGAAUUCUCACAUCAUGCCGCAUUCUGUCCCUGGUCUUAUGUCUCCUGGAAUCAUCCCACCAACAGGUCUGACAGCUGCAGCUGCUGCAGCAGCAGCUGCCACCAAUGCAGCCAUUGCAGAAGCAAUGAAGGUGAAAAAAAUUAAAUUAGAAGCUAUGUCGAAUUAUCAUGCCAGUAAUAAUCAGCAUGGAGCAGAGUCUGAGAAUGGGGAUCUGAAUUCUAGUGUGGGAAGCAGUGAUAGUUCUUGGGAUAGAGAAAAACUCCAGUCUCCCCCAACCCAAGGAUCGCAGGCCUCUGUUAACCACCCCAGUAUGCCUGGACAGCAUAACCUUCCAGUUAAUCAUCCUCUUAACCCUCUCCAACAGAACCGCCUUCUGCCAAAUGGCCUGGAGCUCCCUUUUAUGAUGAUGCCUCACCCGCUCAUUCCUGUCAGCCUGCCACCAGCAUCUGUCACAAUGGCGAUGAGCCAGAUGAACCACCUUAGCACGAUUGCGAACAUGGCAGCCGCAGCACAAGUGCAGAGUCCUCCCUCAAGAGUUGAGACGUCUGUUAUUAAGGAACGAGUUCCAGACAGCCCUUCUCCUGCUCCAUCCCUUGAAGAGGGCCGAAGACCUGGAAGCCAUCCAUCAUCUCAUCGUAGCAGCAGUGUAUCCAGCUCCCCUGCCCGAACUGAAAGUUCUUCAGACAGAAUCCCAGCUGUCCAUCAGAAUGGCCUGUCCAUGAACCAGAUGUUGAUGGGUUUAUCACCGAAUGUUCUACCUGGUCCAAAAGAGGGUGACCUGGCUGGCCACGAUACUGGCCAUGAUACAAAAAGAAUGCACAUGGAAAAAGAUGAGACCCCGCUCUCCACACCAACUGCAAGAGACAGCCUUGACAAACUUCCACUAACUGGGCAUGGGCAGCCGCUACCUCCAGGUUUUCCAUCGCCUUUUCUAUUUCCUGAUGGAUUGUCCUCCAUAGAAACCCUUCUGACUAACAUCCAGGGCCUGUUAAAAGUUGCCAUAGACAAUGCUCGAGCUCAAGAGAAACAAGUCCAACUGGAAAAGACAGAGCUCAAAAUGGAACUUUUCAGGGAACGAGAACUGAGGGAAACACUUGAAAAACAGUUGGCAGUGGAACAGAAGAACAGAGCAAUAAUUCAGAAAAGGUUAAAGAAGGAAAAGAAAGCCAAGAGGAAAUUGCAGGAAGCACUUGAAUUUGAGACAAAGAGGCGAGAACAAGCAGAACAGACACUGAAACAGGCAGCUUCCACCGAUAAUCUCAGGGUCCUAAAUGACUCUCUGACCCCAGAGAUAGAAGCUGACCGCAGUGGGGGCAGAACAGAUGCUGAAAGGACAAUACAAGAUGGAAGACUUUAUUUGAAAACUACUGUCAUGUACUGAACUUAUUCACCUGAAGAUAUGCGUGCUACAGUUUAAGGAACUCUGCAAUGAAACAUUUGCCGUUUCGUAAGUUCUGCAAAAACAAAGGUGCUUUCCAGGCAACUUGGCCACUUCAUUUAUCCAUGUGCAGAGGUUUUAAACUUUCUGAAAGAGCAUCCUCCAUUGGUUUCCUGGGACUUCUCCCUGUGUUCCAGAGAAUGUUUCUACAACCUAUGUAGCACACUUCUUAACAGCCAGCUAACAAGAAAUUUGUUAUUGGACACAUCCUUGUAUAGACCAGCCCAGAGCAAGACCUUGCAUUCCCUUUCCAAAGGAAUGAAAACUGUCUCCUCCUCUGAUUCUUUGAGCACAUCAAACCGUCCACAGUGCCCACUUUUACACCUGAAGACUAUUAUGCCAUAUGUAAACCAGCAAGACAGUACAGAAGUGAAUCUUUCUAACAGAGGAAUAAGAAGACUCCUAAAAAGAUAAAAUAGGAAAAGACAAAUAAAAAAGUUACACCAUUCCCCUCCCCAAAAUCUAGAACAGGGACUCAUUUCCCUUCAAGACAUGUUUUCCCAACAUACUUUCCAAGAGACCAACACAACCAUGGUACAUUACAAGAAGUCAAAACAAUUUUAUCUCGGGGAAAAAGAAGAAGUACAGAAUGUAAACAAAGUAAUUUUACUGUUUUCUUUAAGUAAACGAAUAAAGAACUAAAAAUAUUAAAGACCUGUUAUAAUUUCUCAUUCUAACCUGGCAGUACUUUGGGGGAGUGACAAGAUGUUGCUUCUUACUGAAACUGUUGGUCAAAUGUACAGUAUAUAACCACAAACCACACACUGAAGGUAUUAUGUAUGCCGUAGAAUACUAGAUUUUAGGAAAACAACAGUUUUAGGUAAUAUGUUUUGUCACCCUGUUGGUCCAAAAGACACCUUUCUAAUUUUAACGCAUGCAGGCAUGUAAAUAUUUGUCCUGAAGUCACAGUAUUAAUAAACGGGAUCUGGGGAUGACAGCUACUUUUAUUUGUAUAUUGGUCAGUGCUGUGAAAUGGCACUUUUAAAAGUGAAUUGUAGCUCAAGAGCAAGUCGUCCCGCCAGAAAUAUUUUUGUAUGUUAAUGUCAUAUUACGUCAACGUUGCUGGGGAGGGGGGAGACCACAGAGACUAAACAGGCGCUUGAUGUUAUCAGUCCAAUACCAUGUAGAGCUAAGUGAUAAAGUUGAAGUCUUUUGUCCUUCCUUGUCUCAGGCAAGGCCAGUUAUGUGUUAUUUUUACUGUCUUUAUAAAUGCUAUGGAUAUCUGUUCUCCACCUUUGUGCUCAUAACUGGAAGCAAGCUUCAACGCAGUGCUUGUUACAUCUUAAAUGAUAUUGUUUGCUCCAGGUUAACCCUUUGAAAACUACUUUAAAGAUAAAUGCCAUCAUACGUGAUUGUUUCUUCACCUGUAAUGUUUUAUGCGUGUACGAUAUGCAUUUAUAGAAAAACGUAAUCAGAACCAUAAACAUGUAAAAUGCCUCACUGAAAGUAAUUUUGUCAAAACAAUAACUAUGUCCAAAUUCUGUUUUUGUUGUCCACAGUGUGUUGAUUUUGCCAUGUUAGUGCUUCAGAAUUGGUUUUUUUCUGGCCUACAUUUACCCUCUCAUGAUUUUAGAAAUAAACAACUUCAUGCCAUGGAAUUAAAAAGAAACUAUUUUGUCGUUCAAAAAUUGUUACCGGAUACGUCGUAAUAGAUGUGGUAAUGCUUCAGAUUUUUUAAAAAAGAAGUGAAGUCUUCAAAGGGUUAACAGCUAUCAUUAGAUGGACUUUGUGACAAACUGCUAAAUUAUUUAUAUGAGAGAAAAGAGGGGUGUUUUUUAAUUAAUUAAAAAAACUACAAAUGAAAUCUCUAGCAUCUAUCAUUGGUCUUGCUCCUUGCAGAGCGUCACCUGUAAGUAGUUUUAAUCAUUUAUAAAAUGUAUACUUUUCAGACUCUUUGGAUAUGCAUCACUGUUUAGUUUGGUACCUACAUAAAGGAAAUGCUGAGAAUAAUGAGGACAAGAAGUAUAUCUUAUUAAACAAGUGUAAAUAUUACAGUUCAUUAAAUGCUACCGUAUGAUGAAUUUGGGUUUCUUUUGCCCCUCUUUAGUUACACACAAAGGUUUUUCCUUUUGCCUAGAUUAUGAAGAAAUGUUGUGUUCAUGUUAUUGUUUAAAUGCUUUUUGUAUUCUUCAAGAUAUUAAUGUCUAGUUGUUCUAUAUUAUAACCACCUUUGCGCUCUAUGCAAGCCCUUGGAACAGAACAUUCUCAUCUUCAUGUAGGACCUAUGAAAAUUCUCUAUUUUUAUCUAUAUAUUUAAAGUUUUCUAAAAAUGAGAAAAAAGUUAUUAUGAAUUUUGUUGUACAAAAUCUGUACAAAAAUCUGUUUUUACAUCAUAAUGCAAGAAUUGGAAAAAUUUUCUAUGGUAGCCUAGUUAUUUGAGCCUGGUUUCAAUGUGAGAACCACGUUUACUGGUAUUGUAUUUAAUUUUUCUCUUUUUUUCC